AUGAGUCGGCCUUCGGCGCGGUCCACUGACUGGCUGAGGCUGCUGUGAGGAGAGAGAUGGAUGCGACGCCGCUGUCCACCGGCUGUGUGAAUGAGAUGGAGACCGGGGGAGAUGAAGAGGGAGAGGCUCGGGAGGAGAGCAAGGAGGUGAGAGAUGAUUGCCAGAGACUCACUGCAGAGAGAGAUGAGGCUGAGAGGCAACUCAAGCACAUUAAACGGGUUUCCCAAAUGGUGAUCGAGGAGGUGAAUGUGCUACAGACCCAGCUUGAGAUUGAGAAAUCUUGCCGGGAAAAUGCAGAGGCUCUGGCUACCAAGUUGAACUGUGAGAACAGGAAGCUGAAAUAUUUGAGCCUGUCCUCACGACCCUGUCUGGACGAGCUGCUGCCCAGUAUUUCUGACUGCAUUUCCCUAGAAGAAGAGACUGACACGCAAGAUCCUGGCUCUGAUCCUUUUUCACAGUAUAAGCAGCAGGUCAAAGAUCUCCAAGAAACCGUGAGUUCUUUACUGGAGGAGAAGAAGCAGUUGACCUGUCAGCUUCAAGAUCAGCAGAGGCAGAUAGAGGAGCUGGCAGCACUUACUGAAAAGGAGCAAGCCGAGAUGAAGGAGCUUCAUAAAACCAUUGAGCAGCAAAGCAAGACCAUUAAGAGGUUCAACAGGGUGUCUAUGAUGGCCACUCAUGAGUAUGAAAACAUGAAGGAGCAGCUGGAUUUGGAGCAGAGCCUCAGGCAGAAAGCAGAGACCUAUGCACACGAGAUGAUGGUAAAGCAGAAAGGAGCAAACAGACAGAGCAUGAUUCUGCUGCAGCAAGCAGAUCCCAGCAUUCAACUGCUCAAAGCUUUAGAAGAUGUGGCCGGUGUGACCAAAACAUUAGAAGAAGAGAGAAUACAGCACCAAGAGAAGGUAAAGGCUCUAGAGGCUGAACUGGAAGAAUGUGCUUUGCAUAAGCAGCUAGUUCAGCUGCAAAGACAACUGGAGAUAUUAGACGAAGAAAAAAAAGAGACGGAGGGACGACUGCAGGAGGAAGAGAAGAGAAACACUCUUCUGGAACAGAAAGUUAAAGAGCUGCAGGAGGAGAGGAGGAGCUGUGCGUCAGAAUCAGGCCCCGCCCCCGGGACAGCUCCGCCCCCGACCCCUCCUCCUCAACCACCUCCCCCUCCCCCACCUCCUCCGCCUCCACCUCCCCCGCCUCCUCCCUCCCGCUGUAACCCCCUCAGCUCUCUCAUUGCCAUCAUGAGGAAAUCUUCCAAGGGAGGUAAAGGAACCCCCAAACUAGAGCAAGCCCCAGUGAAUGAAGCAGUGGACGAUGUCAAAGUCAAAGCUGUCAAUGAAAUGAUGGAGAGAAUCAAACACGGCGUGGUUCUCAGGCCUGUGAAGAGUCAGGACACUAAGAGAUUUGGCACAAAGCAGCCGAGUCCAGUGACAGCAGCAGCAGCAGCAGUGGAGGAAAAGCACCAGGAGAGUGCGAUGGAAGAGCUGAAAGGCAUUCUGGAGACGGUGAAGAAGAGUCCCAGUCGAGGUUUCCAGGAAGUAGUUCAUGCUAAAAAGGACAGUGAACUGGAAGUAAUUCUGAGGAGGAGACGCAAACAGGCCUGUGAUCCGGACGCAGAAGAUGAUGGACAGCUGAGUAAAGUCUCCUCAUCAAACAGCCUGAACGGCCGACACAGUUCAGACUCGGGCAAAGACACAGAAGGGCCGGGCAGCAGCUCUCUGUCGGGCAGCGAGCGCGGAUCGAGAACCAGCUCAGACUCGGGCCGAGAGCCAGCCGUGGCUCGACCCAGCUCAGAUUCUGGCAUGGAGUCCAAAGGAGCCGCACAGACAGAGUGUGUCUGCAAAUCUCUCUCUGAGAAAGAGUCCGCUGAACCAGUCACCAACACGUGCUAUUCAAGUGAAAUGAAGGAUGGCGAUCCAGAGAAGUGGGCGGGGCCCAAUGGGAUUGGUCAUACAGAUGCAAGUGACGACCUGCAAACCACCAUCAGCUCCUCUGCACAAAGCCCUAAUGCAGCAAACAGUAGCACAGACGCCGAGUGUUAACGGCAAAGACAGCUGCAUUAUUUGCACAUAACCAUGCUUUCUAAAUUUAUUUAUUCAAAAUUCAAAACCGACCGUUCGUAUUGGAAAUCAAUAUAGAAAAAUCAUGUCAUCAUUUGCAGUUCAAAAAAUCAGAAAACAUCUUAACAGACAACACAUUUUUUUCCUUUCAGUGUAGAGGCACAGGGUGUUUAGACAUUAGAGACAUCAGUCAUAUGCUUCAGAUUCAAGCACAGUGGUUGCUAUUAGAUUCUGCUUGGUUUCAACAUCUGAGUCACAUUUCCAUUAGAAUGCAAGCAAGGAGACUUUAAUGAUGAAGAGUGUAUUUUCUGUGCCACUAGCAGCAGAAUUCGAGCAACCUGAUCAAAGAAAUCCUGGAGAAAUGAUUGGCUGACAGUCCCAUUCGUCUCAAUUCAUCUGAGACGGAGGAGACCCUCACGGAUGCACGUGAUUUAUGAGCUGCCAUCAUUGCAACCUUUGCAAUUCCCCUCAUGUCAUUUCAGAGCUGUACAACUUUCUUUCUCCUUACAAACACAAAAUAAUGUGUUUUUUUUUUUCACACGAUGGAAGCCAAUGGGGUCCAAAACAUUGCUAGACCCCAUUGACUUUCACUGUAUGAAAAGCAGUUUCUUCCCUCAAAAUAUCCCUUUAGGAAACAACAAGUCAAACCUUGAUGUCAACUGACAACAAUGGCUCAGUGGUGUAAGUUUAGGUCAGGACUUCUUGUUUUAACAAUGGCAGAUGCCGCUAGUGGCACAGAAUCCACUUCAGAUUCAACGCAAAGCAGCAAAACAAUCCUGACAGAAUCACUGCACUGCACAUCAUGGCACAUUUGCUGUUAUAAAAAAAUAAAAGGUCCUAAGUGUGAACUAGACUAUCCAAAUUAAUCAAGAGAUGCAAUUAUAAGCCAUUCAAGCGAUUCUUUCCGUGAAGAGGAACUGUUGUGGUCUGUUCUGUCUACCUCUCAAGACACACUCACCUCUUGGGAAUCUAAAUCGCACAUUAGAUGUUAGGAAAAUGAAUACAAUCGAAUCAUGGAGGGCUACGCACCAGUGUCUUCCAGCCAUUUCCAAAACGUUGCACUGCAUGAAUGCACUGUAGAAAAGUUUGGCUUAUUGAUAGACAGUUGCGUCUUGAUUAGAUCCGCUCACUAAUUCUGAGCUGUUCCAAUGCAAUAUCAUCUGCAAAUUGUAAUAUUGUGCAGGAUCAGGCUGCAUUUAAUAACUGCAAAUAUUUGCCUUGUGACUCCUCUUGACUCGAAGUGGAUCAUGUUAAUGGUACGACGUGGAGAAUAUUAAUGAGACUAGGGUUCUGGUCAUCUCAGCUGUCCUGGUCUUAUUGCUCAGCUAACACAGGGAACGUUCUUAGAACUUUGUCUAAUGUUGUAGCAAGGUUCUAUCAAGGUUAUGAACAAAUGUUUUAUCAGGAACAUUAAUGGAACGUUUCGUUCAAUGUUACCUAAAAAUAUUAGCACAAAAGACGUUAUUUAUACGUCGCUCAUGGAGCUUUUCAUUUUGUUUUGUUUCAGUUGAAUGUUUUGCUCCUUUACCACUUGUGUCAGAACAUUUAAACUAACAUUCACAUAAUCUUUGCAAAAUGAUAAAAUGGAAUGCAUAAUCAAAACACUAAACAAACUGAACAUUUUGAAUGUUAACCCUCUGGGCCUCUUUGGUCAGAACUGACAGUAAUUAAACGUUUAGAAUUUUAAAUUGUUUUCAGUUCAUCGGAGUGAAAUGACACUAGUUGACUUUUGUUGCAUUAGCUAUGUGAACACACACACACAAAGCAUGCACAUGAUUCGGAUGUAUUAAAGAGUAAAAAAAAAAAAAAACUAAUUUGGUAAAAAAAAAAUGACAGUGGAAAGAAAUUGCUCAUAAAAAUUGCAUAGUGCCAUCAAAAUUUUUAAUAUAUAUAUAUAUAUUAUUGAACAAAAACAUAUUACAUUGACUGUCCUGAAAAACAAGUUAUAUUUCAAGGCUUUGGUCAUUUUUGACUGCAAAGGAACCAAGUGUGACCCAAAAACAAAGAGGUACAAAGGGUUAAACGAACAUUCAAAAAUAUUGGCUUUAUAACUUAAAAGGAAUGUCAGCAAAACGUUCUUAAAAUAAAUAUUUGUCAGCUGAGAUGUCUGACGUCUUUGAUAUCAGGCUAUCUGCAAUAAUAUUUGACGUGGCUGAUAAUUAUGAUUACAGAAAAUCUGAAUUGUUUUAUUAUACAUUCUUGUUUUCAGUCUGUCGUCACAAGUGAUUCUAAUAGCCUACGUUGACGUGACUAAUUUACACUCUUUUUUAAUGUAGGAGACUUAUUUAAAAUGCUCCUUGAUUUGUCACCACUUCUGGAAUGUGU